AUGUUGACAAAGUACAUCAAUGUCAGCAAUGAUGACAAUUUAUUCGAUUUGGCUCAUCAUCUCCAGACGACAAUUCUAAUACCGUGUACGGCACAAGGUGGAAAGACGCCACAGGUCACUGCGUCACCCUUGUCAGCAACAGAUAUUACAAGAGAUAAUAUGGCGUCUGGAAUGACGCAGUCGAGCACUAGAAAUCUUUUAGAAUGGCUGAAGAACAUCUGCUUGGAACGUGACAACUACCAGUGUAUUGUGACAAAGCUUUGGGAUCCUGUGGCUGUUAACCCUCAAGAACAAUGCAAGAUGACUGGCAACACUCAGCUCGCGCAUAUAAUCCCAUUUUCUAUGGGACAUUGGGGCAAUGAUCAGAAGGAAAUCGCGCAAUCCUGGGAGACCUUAUACCUCUUAUUUCCCGACAUCCAAGGACUUAUCGAGCCCACUACGAUCAACUCUCCCGCAAAUGCGAUGACCAUGUUUUCACCUGUUCACCAAGAUUUUGGCAGUUUCAAGAUUGCACUCAUACCAACAGACACAGAUAACACAUAUAAGAUUAAGACAUACCCAUGGCAUCAGAAUUUCUGUGACCAAUUCUACGAGAAGCCCAUAACCUUCACCACACACAACGGCUCAGAAUUGCCUAGUAAAUUCCUUCUUGAAACUCAUGCUGCGAUCGCGGAGAUUCUACAUGCGUCGGGGCAGGGGGAGAAAAUUGAUGAACUCCUCCGUGAGUGGGAGGAUAUUGGAUGCCUGGCAUCUGAUGGAAGUACAGAUCUCGAGAGCCUUCUUUUACUUCUGAGUGUCCAUUAG